AUGGCACCUACUAGAUGCCUCAGCAAUCUCUCUUUCCUUCUCAUUUGCAUGUUUUCUCUUACCUCCACAGCUACUGCAAAUUACACUGGAAAUGAACAAAAGGCUGCACAAAAUUGGCUCAACCAUGGAGGAGACUUGUAUAACAGAAGAUAUGCCAACAAGGAGAAAAACAUCAGCCCAAAAACAGUUUACAGACUAAAUUUGAAGUGGAAAUUUUACACAGGGGGCGAUGUAACUGUAACGCCUGCAGUUUUUGAUAACACUCUUUAUUUCCCAAGCUGGAAUGGAUACAUCUAUGCGGUGAAAGCCAAUGAUGGAGCUCUUGUUUGGAAGAAGCACUUGCAAACUCUAACUGGCUUCAACAACACAGGUUUCAUUCUUAAUGUUAACUCAACAGUGUCAAGGUCAACUCCAACCAUAGCUGGAGAUUUGCUUCUCGUUGGAAUCUAUGGACCUGCUGUUGUUAUUGCUCUCAAACGAUUGAAUGGGCAGCUUGUGUGGUCAACUCGCCUAGAUUACAAUGGCAGAAGUUUUAUAACCAUGUCUGGAACUUAUUACAAAGGGGCUUUCUAUGUUGGAACAUCUUCACUGGAAGAAGGCCUUAUUGUUGAGCUAUGCUGCAACUUCCGAGGCAGUCUUGCGAAAUUAGAUGCAAAAACAGGCAAGAUCCUGUGGCAAACCUUCAUGUUGCCUGACAAUUUCGGCAAGAAGGGGGAAUAUGCAGGGGCAGCCAUUUGGGGAAGCAGCCCAUCGAUUGACCCAAUUAGAAACCAUGUCUAUAUAGCCACAGGGAACCUCUAUUCAGCUCCACUUCGCGUACGCCAAUGCCAAGAAGAGGAAAAUAAUCAAACGGUCCCAACUAGUCCUGACAAGUGUAUUGAACCUGAAAACCACUCAAACUCUAUCCUGGCACUUGACUUGGACACUGGCAAAAUUGUGUGGUACAAGCAAUUAGGGGGCUAUGAUGUGUGGUUUGGAGCUUGCAACUGGCAUUUAGACCCUCGAUGUCCUCCUGGACCGAGUCCUGAUGCCGAUUUCGGAGAGGCACCAUUGAUGCUUACCAUGUAUCUCAAUAGAAUCAAGCAUGAUAUUGUAGUUGCUGUUCAAAAAAGUGGCUUCGCUUGGGCUCUAGAUCGCAAUAAUGGCAGCCUCGUCUGGUCUAUGGAAGCUGGACCGGGAGGGCUAGGUGGAGGAGCAAUGUGGGGAGCUGCCACAGAUGAUAAAAGGAUUUACACAAACAUUGCCAACAGCCAACACAAGAACUUCACUCUGAGACCAUCAAAGAACAACACAAUUGCGGGUGGAUGGGUAGCAAUGGAUGCUAAAAACGGCAGUGUCCUGUGGUCCACAGCCAACCCUAGCAAUGCCACCGCCCCUGGACCAGUUACCGUGGCCAAUGGAGUUGUAUUUGGUGGAUCCACAUAUGCCCAAGGACCCAUCUAUGCAAUGAAUGCCAAGACAGGAAAAAUAUUGUGGUCAUAUGAUACAGGAGCCACAAUUUAUGGUGGUGUUUCAGCGAGCAAUGGAUGUGUUUAUAUGGGUAAUGGUUAUAAGGUUUUUGUUGGAUAUGUAAAUCCAAACUUUACUAGUGGAUCCUCUGUGUUUGCCUUCUGUGUCUGAUGACACAGC